AAACAAGGCUCAGGAAAUUAUCGACCACUGGAAACGCAAGCUGUAACUCUUAGUUCCACAGUGAUGAACUCUUUGUUCGACGCAACAAAUAUUGUAGUAAAUCUAAUUAUACAUUUUAUUUUGCUAAGUUCUGGAAGGAGAAAGAUGAACUUGAAACGCGAUUUCUCACACUUUAAGAUUAAUAAUUUGCAGGUAAAACAACAAAUGGUUGCAACAGGGAGUAACGCGAUCCAAAUUAGUGAUAACCGAAAGCAUCUUCGAAACAGUAAUGGUGAACCGGUGAAAAUUUCUAGUGAAAAGACUAUUGAAUGCGAAGACAAACUCCCUGAAAAUAUUAAAGAAUGGACAUCAGAUCAUGUUAAAAAAUUCCUCGAAUCCAGAAUGAAAGAUUUAGAUUUUAACGAAACCGAUGUUAAGAAAAUCAGAGGUCAAGAUCUUACCGGUCGGGCGUUUCUUCGAUUAACUGAGGAAAAAUUAACCCGUAAGCCAGGUCUCUAUGAACUAAAACCGAGUCCAGCAGAAUCAAUUAUGGAGUUGGUGGAAGAACCAAAUGAAAAAUUAGCUAAAAAAGAAGCACCAUCAAAGUC